AUGGCAAGCCAGAACCCUGCUGACGCCGCGGUCCCCGUCGAGGCGGCCGCCCCUCAAACCCUCCCUGAUCGCACCCAGAACCCCGCCGAUGCCGCCGCUCCCCAGGGCGAGGUCUCCAAGAAUGCCGCAAAGAAGGCCGCGAAGCUGGCCAAGCAGGCCGCUGACAAGGCCGACAAGGCUGCCAACAAGGGAAUUGGCAAGCAGGAGGCCAAGAAGCCCGCUGCCAAGGCUCCCAAGAAGAAGAUUGAGGGCGCUGCUCUGAUCGGUAUCGAUGUCGCCAAGGAGGAGGAUUUCCCCGGCUGGUACCAGCAGGUUCUCACCAAGGGUGAUAUGCUUGACUACUACGAUGUUUCCGGAUGCUUCAUUCUCAAGCCCGCUUCGUACUUUAUCUGGGAGGAGAUCCAGCAGUGGUUCAACACCUACAUCAAGAAGAUGGGCGUCAAGAACUGCUCUUUCCCCCUGUUCGUAUCUGAGGAUGUGCUGCAGAGGGAGAAGGACCACAUUGAGGGCUUUGCCGCUGAGGUCGCCUGGGUCACCCACGCUGGUUCCACCCCUCUGGAGAAGAAGAUCGCCAUUCGUCCCACGUCGGAGACCGUCAUGUACCCUUACUACGCCAAGUGGAUCAGAAGUCACCGUGACCUGCCCCUCAAGCUCAACCAGUGGAACUCGGUCGUCCGUUGGGAGUUCAAGCACCCUCAGCCUUUCCUCAGAACCAGAGAGUUCCUGUGGCAGGAGGGCCACACGGCGCACCUGACCAAGGAUGCUGCCCAUGAGGAAGUCCUGGAGAUCCUCGACCUCUAUGCUCGUAUCUACGAGGAACUCCUCGCUGUCCCCGUCGUCAAGGGUCAGAAGACCGAAAAGGAGAAGUUUGCUGGUGGUCUCUACACUACCACCGUCGAGGGCUACAUCCCCGCCACUGGCCGUGGUAUCCAGGGUGGUACCUCCCACGGUCUGGGCCAGAACUUCAGUAAGAUGUUCGGCAUCACUGUCGAGGAUCCCGCCGCCAAGGGUGAUGUCCUUCACGUGUGGCAGAACUCUUGGGGUCUCUCCACCCGUACCCUGGGUGUCAUGGUCAUGAUCCACAGUGACAACCGUGGUCUGGUCCUCCCCCCUCGUGUCGCGGACACUCAAACCAUCAUCGUCCCUGUCGGUAUCACCGCCAAGACCACCGACGAGGAGCGCCAGAACCUCUACGCUGAGGUCGACCGCCUCGUUUCGGUCCUCCGCGACGCCGGCGUCCGCGCCGAGAGCGAUCUGAGGGAGGGCUACUCCCCCGGCUGGAAGUUCAACGAGUGGGAACUCCGCGGUGUGCCCUUGCGUCUCGAGUUCGGUCCUGGUGAGCUUGCCGGUGGCUUCGUCACCGCUGCUCGUCGUGACAUCCCCGGCAAGGACGCCAAGGCCCCCAUCCAGAUCUCCGAGCUGUCGACCGCUGUCCCCGCUCUCCUGGAGACCAUCCAGAAGGACCUGUACAACCGUGCCGAUGCCGAGUACCGUUCCCACCGUAAGAUCAUCACCAACUGGGACGACUUCACCCCUGCCCUCAACGACAAGAACGUCUGCCUGAUCCCCUUCUGCUUGACCGAGGAGUGUGAGGACCAGAUCAAGGAGAUGAGUGCCCGCAAGCACGAGGAGGACUCCGGUGUUCCCCAGGACGCCCGUGCUCCUAGCAUGGGUGCCAAGUCUCUCUGCAUUCCCUUCGACCAGCCCGAGGGUAUCAUCCCCGGCGAGACCAAGUGUACCAACCCCAAGUGUACCCGCUUCGCCGAGAAGUGGUGUAUGUUCGGACGCUCGUACUAAUCGCGAUCUAUCAUGUUGGAUUCGGAUGCUAUCUUCUCAUCUCAUCCAAGUCCUACCUAUGACUGUUAUGACUUUCCAUUCCUACCAUUACAGUUUGCGUUGAGUUCGACACAGGUAACCAAAAUUCUACGAACGUAUAAGAAAAAAUCAAGAAAUUUUGCAAGACAGAUAAAUCAAGGAGUUAAGAUGCAUGCAUGCAUGGGUGAUGCGAGUUGGAGGGGCAGAUAUUCGUUGAGAUACCUUUUAUCGGUUUACCAUCGGGGAGUCAGAUAUAGGUCGUUUCAGUAGCUAGCGGGUUGAAUUGAAAGAUCUUCUUAUGUG